UCUAUUUAUUCGGGCUCUUCCAAAAUUUUCGUGAUAUUCAGAACGUAGUUGUUCCGAAAAUUGGUGCGUCCGGUGAUUAUUUCAAAUUCAUCGCUCGCGCGAAUACGAAUUCGGAAGCCCGAACCACUUGGACGAUUUUUAUCCCGAAUAAGUUAAUUUGAGCUCAACGCCUAAAAUGUGCGGGGCAAAAUAAUUCGAAUCGCGAGAAAUCUUGCACAAGUUUAUGAUCCAAUUUAUCCUCCAUCCCACACUGUAGGGUAAUCAACUCAACUAUGUUUACAUAACGGAUGAAUUUUUAUCCGAUUUUGACUUAACCAGUGUUGUCUUAAUUAUUGUCCGAAUACUGUAGUCUGAUCUAGUUUGGCUCUUCAAAAUCUUAAUUUUUGGAACCAUGGUACACAGAUUCUUCCUGGAGUCCGACUUUAUCGCCGUGGAGGCCUUAUCCUAUUUUUUUUUCGUUCUUCAGAAGUUCAGAGCGUCCCUAUCUCCUUCCCUCUGCUCUGAUUUUUCCAGCAGCCGGUUUCCCCUGAUAUUCUUCCACGCUGCGCCGAUUAGCACCUGGAUAUGUUCUCCAGCGCACAACCUUAUCCUGCAGCCACCCUCGCCUGAUUCUUUCCCAGCCGCCGCUCUGGGCGAUUAAAAAUCCUGCUCACCGGCCGGAUCUCCGGCGUCGUCUGCCCCUGCUUUCCUCGGUGUCCUCCCCACAGUCGUCUCCUUCCUCUGCUCGUCGCUGAAAUUCGCCGGCCGCGAACGCCCAUGGCGCACCCCCAGUCCCUGCUUUCUCUUUGCCUCUCUCUCUUAUCCAUGGCCGCCGGUCGCUCCUUUCUGUCCCGCCCGGUGCUCUGCACUGCUCCGUCGCUUGGUCUCCGGCUCGCCGCGUGCGCAAGGUUUCUCUGGUUCAGCCGUUCUUCUUCCUCCCCCUGCGUCCCUGCUCUGCUCUGUCUGCCGCGCGCUGAGUGCCGAGGCUCCUGCUCGACCGCUCCUCUCUGGCUUCUCUCUCUCCCUCCAUCUCUCUCUGCUCACCGCGGCUCUUCCCCAAGUCUGGUGCCAUGGCGCUUGUCAGCCGCGACCUUGCCAGGCUCGGUCCCUGCUGCUGCUCGCCCAUCUCCUUCAUCUCCCUCCUCUCCAUCGUGGUGUUCCUCUCCCUGGUGCUUUUCUGUGCCGGCCGCCCUCACCUCUGCUCCUCCUGGUUGGCCGAGCAGCUCGCCCUCUCUUGUCGUGCGUCCUGCUCGCCCUCAGCUUUUCACGGAGCUCGCCCCGGCCUUAGCUCCUUGCUCGUCAUGGCUACUGUGCGCUCCCUGCUCUUGUGCCGCAUGCAGGCUUCCCUGCCGGAGUUCCGCCAUCCGCGGCCUCUGCCCUGCUUCCUUGGCUGCGUGUCCUUCUGCCGGCCAAGCUCGGCUCUGCGCUUUCCCUUUCUCUGUGCUUGUGCUCGCCGUGCCGUGAGUCACUGGCCAGCAGUCCAGCUCGCCUCCACUUCCUACGUUCCCUGCUCCAGCUCUACUGUCGCGCGCGCAGCUCGCCCCUGCGCAGGUGAAUCGCCCUUGGUGCUGGUCGCGUGUUCCUCGCCCGGCUCGGUCGCGACCUCGCCGUUGUUCCUCAGCUCGGCGCCUGCUUCUUGUUCCUGUUGCCCGUGUCAAGCUCCCUUUAACCGGUCGUCGUCUAGCUCCUCUAUUGCGCGCGUGAGGUUCUCUCCUCGUCACGGUGUGUCGAGUUUUCUCGUCGAGUCUCGCCGCGUGUCCUGUUUCCUGCUCGCCAGCGUGCCCUCUCGGCUCGCUCGGCUUUAAAAUCCCUAUCUCGUCGUCGACCUCGCCAUGACUUAGUUCGUCUGUCGUGCUGGUCACUAUUCCAUAUUGUGCCUAUUAGCUCGGAUCCUGUCCCAGCUCGUCGUUGUGUCAUUCAUAGUCCAGUCGUCAAACCCGUCAUCUCCUGCUCAACCCCACCUCACCAGCUCGCUCAAGACUGCAAUCGAAGGUCGUCGUCAAUCCGUGCGUCAGCACGAAAUCCCAAGAAUCGGGUGAAGACGAAGCUAGCAGCGCGAUAUUUCUCAAGCGCUCGACAAAUUGCCUAGAUCGAAAGAUCACU